AUCAGACGUGCUCUACUAGUGACCGCGCCCCCUUUUUCUUAUACCACCCAUCCCGGCAUUCUAUUGAGUCGUGAAUAAUACAGGAGCCACUGGAAUCCAUCAUAUCUCUGCACACAGGACACACAAGCGAGCUAGCCGAUGUUGGGAAUUGCAUCUUUCCUCCCAUAACAAGAAAAGGAUAUGAGGUGGAAGUCGACAGCUGAUGGAGUUGGAUUGGAUCAUCUUCUCAAGCAUCCAGUCUCAGCAGCAUGACUGUCGAUUUGGAUGCGGCCAUCCGCCUACUCCGGCUGCUCACUCCGCUGUCGGCCUCCAUGGCGUUCGUCACCGUCGCCAUCGGACUCGUCACCGGCCAUUGGCUCUACAGCGAAGAGAAAAUGUCCAACCCGAAAUUCAACCGAACCGGAGAUCCCGAACUCGAGUACCUCUCCAAAUUCACAGUCAGCGGACUCUGGACUCUUUGCUACACCAAUCCUGGAGAGACGGAACGCUACUGUUUCAACAUCGAUUAUUUCCCAACGGAAGAGUACAGUCCCGAUCCCAAUGACUCGACACUCUCAAUCCCUUAUGCAGUCUUGAGGUCGGCUCCGUUCUUUUUCAUGGCCACCGCUCUGUUGGUCGUCGGAGAGAUUUCCUGUUUCCUCGGCCACUUUGCACCCAGGAGACGCUAUUGCACUUUUCUAUCCGGCGUCACUUUUAUCCUUUCCGGAUUGUUACUUUUACUCGGUCUGGUUGUCUACGUUUCGGUUUUCACGGCUGAAAUAGGAAGUAAAUUAAGGCCCAGCUCAUCAUUACAACCGCCAAUGUUCACCUACACCUACGGCUACAGUUUCCAUUUGGUAGUCACCGGUUUCUUAGCUGGCGAGGUAGCCGGUACUUCUGCCAUUUUCCUGUUCAUUUAUUGGCACCGAAAUCGAAUUGCCAAAAAGGAAAUGCACCGGAAAAUGACUUUAGCUCUGGUCCAGACGCCAGUCGAUUUGGGUUACACGGCAGCCCACGGUCACCUUCUGGCCAUUGUUCCUCCGCCUCCCCCGCCGUCACAGAUGAACCAUCACCACCACCCCAUGACCAACCCCCUAACGCCAGCUUGCCUUCCCCAUUGUUACCAUCAUCAUCCCAGCGAAUCCUUAUUCCAGCCGACGAAUCAGUGUAACGGUUUCGUGAAAAUCCCGUGCCCUUGCUCUUCCAUCGGCGGCGGAGUGGCUUCCAUCGAUGACGAAUCCGUUUCCAUUCCGACUCCGCCACCGGCCGUUACGUCCGGAUACCCGAGAGAUUGCCCCGUCCAUUACCAGCAGCAGCAGCUUCUUGCAACGGAACGUUCGUCUUACGUGACCGUUCACAGUCCGGCAACUGGUGCCGCUCCGCCGCUGUCGGCCAUCCGGCGCCACCACAAUUACCAGAAGCAGCAAAGUCAAGAGCGUGACAUGCCGGACAUAACGGCCUUCAGCCGGAUGCUGGUCCACGAUCGGCGCCAGUUCAGCACCGACUCGGAGAACAGCAACUACAAAGUCGCGGCCGGAUCGUCCGGAGGCAAUAACGCGGUACAGCUACACCAACAGCAGACGACAAUUUGCUACCAGUGUCACGGGGCCGGUCACGUGACGGUGCCGGCCGUCAUUCCGGCCGACAACAAUUGCCGCCAACAGAUGCCGCCCUAUGUCUGCAACACUCUCCCGCGGGACGUGACCACCAGCACGCUCUGCAGCGCUGCCGUGACGACUCCCGGAGACGAGGAAUUCACGGCUCGGACGGACAUGAGCAGCAGCCAUCAACAUCGUCGCAGCAGGGAUCACUUGGACGACGACGAUGAAGAUGCCGUGAUUUUUCACCCGAGGCAUCAGCGCAGUCAUUCUUCCGGUACCAAUUACGACGGCUCGCUCAGAAGGAUCACGGCCGUCUAGAAAGAUUUAAAAAGGGAAAAUAAUAUCGUGACUCAAAAUGAUAAGUUCGUGAGUUUUUUUUAAUUUGGAAAAAAUUGUCCCACGUCAAUCCAGAAUUAUAUACCGUGUGUGUAAGUGUACAUAAUUUUAGGUAUAAUAUUGAUUGUGAAUUAUUUGAAUGAUGUUUGACCGCGUGUAUA